AUGCCGACUGAAAAAUGUUUCGAUCAAGCCCCGCCGUUCCCCGAAGACGUGCCGAAGUUAAGUAUUCCUAGCAUCUCUCUACUGAAUCUCCAAAAUGGCGACUCCGAAACCACAAAAGAAAUGUAUGAAGCAUGCCAGGUUGAUGGAUUCUUCAUUUUGGACCUCAGUGAGUCCCAUGAGGGCGAAAUCCUGCUUCAGAAUGCAGAGCAGAUGUUUGAGCUGGCCGGUGAAGUCUUUGCGCUGGGCUCCGAGAUUUUAGAAACCUUUGCCUAUCAGCCACCGCACGAUCUUACUGGCUACAAAUCCACUGGGAAAUUAAAAACUGACGAUGGAAAGUUGGAUUUAAUCGAGAUGUACAAUAUCAAUCAGGAUGAUAUGGUCGGCAAUAGUCCUCCGCGAAGAAAUCCGGACCCUAUCCAACGUCACCGGGAGAAUAUCAAAGAAUUCAUUCAUCUCUGCCAUUCAGUUGUCACGAUAAUUCAACACCGCCUGGAGGAGCAGCUAGGUCUUGAACCUGACCAACUUAGCUCUCUCAAUUCUUUGCAUGAUCAAUCAGAUACAUCCGUACGGCUUUUACGAACCCAGACGCAAACAGUGACGAAGGAGAACUUAAUUGCAUUGGGAGGCCACACAGACAUCGGGACGAUUACUCUCCUCUUCAAUGUCGUUGGUGGCCUCCAAGUCUUGCCCGCCAACAAGGAAAACUUGCCCGCAAACUGGCGAUACAUUCGUCCACAACCCAACUGUGCCAUCGUCAAUAUUGGCGAUACAACAGUGGAGUGGACAGGUGGAGUUCUUCGCAGCUCCUUGCACCGGGUCAUCAAACCACCGGGUGAACAGGCCCAUGCCGUCCGCCAAAGUGUCGCGUAUCUCGUCAGGCCAUGCCAAAGCGCUUCUAUGUCCAGAUUGGUGGGAGGAAUCGUACCUUCGCUCCAGUAUGGGGAACGAGAUGAGACAAGAUCAGUCAAAGAGUGGGCAGCAUGGAGGUCUAGACAGGUGAUAUCAGGCGAGCUAAAGCCUCAAUCCAGAGGAGGAAUACUGCGACGCCCUGUCUGA